CACUCCUGCCAAUUUUUACUGCCUCCCUUGUUUUCAGGCCUAUUCGGUUCAAAAUUGUGAUACCACAGGCUGGUACAAGAGGCUUGAGCUCACUAUGGGUACGAGAAAGAAGGAAGCCGCUCGUAAAGAGCGACAGGGAAAGGUGGGAGAUGGCAUGGGGAAUGUCAAAGUCAAAGGUGAAAACUUCUACAGAGAUGCCAAGAAGUUGAAGACCUUGAACAUGUUCAAAGAUGGCCGGGCCCAACGCAAUGCAGCCGGCGAAAUCACCAAAGCUGCCUCGUACCAGUCACGAGAAAUCCCCAAAGCUCGAAUUGAGCCCAACCGUAAAUGGUUUGGAAACACAAGAGUCAUCUCUCAGGAGGCAUUGUCUUCCUUCCGGGAGGCUGUUGCUGAGCGCGCUUCUGAUCCCUACCAAGUUCUUCUCAAAACAAACAAACUUCCCAUGAGCUUGAUAAGAGAUGGGUCCAAUGUAAAUGGUUUGAAGGAACACCAAGCCAAAAUGGCCAUUGAAACUGCACCCUUUGGUGACACGUUUGGCCCUAAAGCUCAAAGAAAGCGAGUCAAGCUGGGCGUUGGUUCCCUUGAGGAUCUUGCAGGGGAGACAGCUAAGGUGCAUGAGAGCUAUCUGGAGAAACUGGAUCAAGGAAGGCAUGAAGACGGUACACCUGUCGUUGCUGGAGAUGAUGUUGCGUCUGAUGCCUUUGAAGGCACACUUACUACAGCACGCGAGUCUGUAUUUUCUAAGGGACAGAGCAAGCGCAUUUGGAACGAACUCUAUAAGGUUAUUGACUCCUCGGAUGUGGUUAUCCAUGUUCUCGAUGCUCGUGAUCCGGAAGGUACACGUUGCAGAAGUAUCGAGAAAUAUAUUCACGAGGAGGCCCCGCAUAAACACCUGAUCUUCGUCGUUAACAAGUGCGAUCUUGUACCAACGAGCGUGGCGGCUUCGUGGGUGCGACAUCUCUCGAAAGAGUAUCCUACUCUCGCGUUUCACGCCUCCAUCAACAACUCUUUCGGGAAGGGCUCAUUGAUUCAGCUUCUCAGGCAAUUCUCAUCUCUCCACUCAGAUCGGAAACAGAUCUCCGUGGGAUUCAUUGGUUAUCCCAACUCAGGGAAGUCCUCAAUUAUUAACACUCUUCGGAAAAAGAAGGUGUGCACAGUGGCUCCAAUUCCAGGAGAGACAAAAGUCUGGCAGUAUAUCACUCUGAUGAGAAGGAUAUAUCUUAUCGACUGUCCAGGAGUGGUUCCGCCCAAUCCAAACGACACCGAAGAAGAUAUCUUGCUUCGUGGCGUUGUUCGGGUAGAGAAUGUGUAUAAUCCAGAGCAGUACAUACCGGCUAUCUUAAACAGGGUUCAGCCACGCCAUCUUGAACGUACUUAUGGCGUGAAAAGCAAUGGCGAUGCCCUCGAGUUCCUUAGCAUCCUUGCCCGCAAAGGAGGCAGGCUUCUUCGAGGGGGAGAGCCUGAUCUUGACGGUGUUGCUAAAAUGGUCAUUAACGAUUUUCUUAGGGGCAAGAUCCCUUGGUUCAUCCCUCCUCCCAGUGCGUCUGGUAAGGAGAAUGAGGAGAUUGAAGGACGCGCAGGCAGACUCGGAGAAAUGAGUCGCAAACGGAAAAUUGAUGAAACGAUGUCCGAACCUGCAGACAUUGGGCCAGAUUCGAAAGCCGGGUCUGACGAUGAAUUUGAAGGGUUUGACGAGAGCGAUGAUGAAGGAAAUGAUUCGACAGAGGACAUCGAAAUCAGCGACGAUGAUGAAAGCGGGGAGGAAGAUUGAAUGCCGUAAUCAUGUUCCUCGGCUCGUCUGCUUUCAGGACGAGGGGAGGUAGCCCGCAACGAAUAUCUAUCUGUCACCCAAGGUUCGCUCCUGGUGAUUGCGAGGCGUGAUAUGUUACGCUCAUAUUUGGCCCCCGGGCUGGAAAGCGCCCAGUGUCAGUGUCCAGUAAGACAUUAGCGCAUCAUGCUUGUCCGGAGGGCAUCGUGGGAUACCGUAAAUAGCAUCCCAAUCCUGCUUCCUGCACGACACGGUGUUGAGAGCCAUUUGUGUCACAGUAUACAACCCGUUGGCUUCACAGGCCUCGAAACUCAAACUUAAGAUACCCAUGUAGCCUCAGAGCAGUACAUCAAUGCAUUAUCAAUGAAAGAUUCAAUGAAG